AUGAAUGUGGCACAUCCAUCUGUUAUAAAAUUUAACGGAUCGCUUAAAGACCUUUCUUCACUUAUUCACAGUCAUGAUGGGUUAACAGUGUUAGAUAUCGAUGCAUCGUGGUGCCCUUGUUGCCGGAGAAUUUCUAAGAUGUUGCCAAUUUUUGCUAAAGAGCAUCCUGACGUUCAAAUCAUUAGAGUUGAUGGUGAUAUUAACCCUGAAAUUAAAACCUAUUUUGGAGUUGAACAUAUUCCAAGUCUAAAAUUUAUAAAGUCAAAUAAGCAUCUCGAUCCAAUUGAUACUAUUGUUGGAGUAGACAUCCCAUUAAUCAAAGAAAAGUUGCUACUUCACAGAUGA